GAUUGGCAGCCCCCCCUUCCUUCAGCCCACCCCCCCAUGGUCCCUGAUUGGCAGCUCCCAUACACAGUUCUAACCAAUGGGGCCGCCUGUUUACGCCAGGAGAGCGGCACGAGCUCCCUCUCCAGCGGCCAAUGAGCGGAGUGUCCGGGCUUGGCUGACUGGCAGCGGCUCAUUAGCAUGCGGGAGACAAGGGGGGGGGGCUGCAGAGAGGCUCAGGCCGGAAGCGCCCAGUCCAGUCACUGCAUACAGAGCCCGGGGAGAGUACUGCGCCCAGCCGCCUGCCCAUGCACCCACUGCACCCACAAGAAUGACCCCGGAUCUACAGGAGGAGCCCGGCCACGCCCCCGGGACCUCCCAGUAAGGAGCACCACCCACUGACCACACCCCUUUCCGGGAUGGACGGCCGGGAGUUUGUUCCUCCUCCUCACCUGAGUCACCGCGGAGCCGGCCGGAUGAACCCGCCUGCGGGCCACAGCGCGGUGCAGCACCCGGGCCACUUCCAGCCCACCAAGUACUUCUCCUCCCCGCUCCCCAUGGCCACCCACACAGCAGGAAGCGGUCUGAUGGCAAACUCCUCCCCUUCUUUCAUGGGCAGUUUCCUUAGCAGCAGCCUGGGCACCACGGCAACAGCACACCCUACAGGAGCAUCAUCCUCCCCGUCAGAAACCACCUACAGGGGGCCCCAUGGAGCCGGCGCUUCCCAGAUCUGGUUCUCCCACUCUCAUGAAGCUUAUCCUCGGUUUUCAGCCAGCCUGGCCUCCACUUUCCUACCCAUGAGCCACUUGGACCACGGGAACAGCAAUGUCUUGUACGGACAGCAUCGUUUCUACGAAUCACAGAAAGAUAAUUUCUAUUUACGGAAUCUUCCUGCACAACCCACCCUCCUGUCUGCCAAUCACAAUUUUCCCAGCAUUGCAAGAGCGGCUCCUGGUCACCCCAUUGGCUCCUGUAGCCGAGACAGAGAGAACAGUCACAUGCAGAAGAUUCAUAAGGACACUGACCGUUACCUCGGGAGUGCCGAGUUAAGCAAGGAGAAGAUGGGGAAGGGGGAAAUAAAGGAAAGGCACUUGGAGGAAGAGGGCAAGGAGAGGCAGAAAGUGGUGCUGCCCAUGGAUAGUCAUUGUAAGGAGGAUAUGCACCAGAGAGGCUCAUGUGACAACCGGACCAAGCACCUCAAUUCUUGCCUGAUGACGUCCAAGGUGCUAAAUGGGGACACCAGCAAAGCAAUGUUGUCUAGCUGCACGGUCGGGGCGGGGAUGCCUCGGCAAGGCAGCCAGAGCCGAUGUGCCAAAGACAUUUUGAGGUCCGACCGCUCAUAUUCACAGCAUGAGCCCCAACAACCGUACAGUGAGUGCCUGGAAAGGAGGCAAAUGCUUCACCACUCUGUAUCCUACACUGUCCCGUCCAGUCUCCCCAGCAUUCCCGCCCCUCUUAACACAUCCACCGGCUCCUUUCCCUGUCUGCAGCUUCAUUCCAACCCAGAUGUGGUAUGCUCUUUGCAGGACAAGGCUGGCAGGGAACUGAAAAUGGGCAGGCCCACAUUUGUGCCUUCUGUUGGGCACUUCACUGACAAAAGCCGGCCUUUUCAGGUGGCCCAGGAGAGCUGCCACAUGGACAGAAGUGAGGGAAAAGACAAGAGCCACGAAAUGAACUCUGACUCCCACCAUCCAGGGUCUUACUCUAAUUCAUUUUCCCAUUUAAAAGCUGAGGCUAAAGUGGAGAGGAGGUCAGAGUGGCAUCAGAACAGGAUCAAAAACUUGGAAUUUUUGAACAGUGCGGGCUCUGAUCCUGCUAUGCAGAGGGCCAUGGAAAAAGGGGGAUAUUUUGAGAUGCCAUCACAAGACUGCCCGCGUCCCAAUCACCAGGAUACACACUGUGUCAAAAAUAGCCAGUCCUGCUGCACUUUAGACAGGCCCAUGAAGGAACCCCAAACCCAUGGUUCUCAAAAAGUAGCUAGGAUAAGGCACCAGCAGCAUAGGCCCCCUGACAUGGAGCAAUCAGGAAAUGGCCAUGAUGGAAAGAGAAAAACCAUUGAACUGAGCUCGCUGGGCUACAACGGCCCUCACCUUCCCCCGUGGACAGAAUCUCCCAUCUCAAUGAGUGAGGACAGGAAGAACUCUUACCUUGACCCCUUCAGCACAAGUUUACAGCAGGCUGCGCUUAUGACCCCUGGUCCACCCUUAAGCCAAGAAAUGCAAGGCCCAACCGAUGAGGUCUCUGCCAUGAAAAACCUUUUGAAGUACAGCAACCAAGCACUUAUAGUGGGGCAGAGAGCCCCCUUUGUGGGCUUGGGCAACAUGAAAGCCAGCUGCUCCCACCAAGACAUGAAAUUCCACUCCAGCAAGUGCCAGCCUGAGCAGGAGAGGAUGGAUUGUGCCAGGAGUCGGGAAAACGAGGCUUCUCAAGGAGACGGGGAAGUAAGGCAGCCCCCUGUCGGUAUAGCAGUGGCAGUCGCCCGUCAAAAAGACACGGGAAGCCGCCAUGAGGCAUCCUAUGGGGGUGGUUCCAGCAGACAGAGCAGAAAUAGCAUGGGACAAAAAGGCGCUGGCCGAUCCAUGCAUGUCAUCGACUUAGACACCGAAGACGAGAGGAAUCGGCUUUGUGAUGACAGACUGGGGAUCCCUGGGAGAGACCUUUUAAUGCAGGAAAACAAGGACCUGGUGGAUUUUGCCAGAAUCCAUCCUUCCAGCGGAUGCCCGGGAGACUUGACCUCUCACCUCAUGAUAGGUGGAUCCUCCCUCCAGGCGAGCCAAUUGGGAGGCGAUCCAACAUCACACACACACCCUACCCACGCUCAUUGGCUGCCCAGAACUAGGAGUCCCUCCAUUUGGAUGGGAGGUCAUUCUUACGGUAUCAGCCACCCAGCGCUUCACCAGAACCUGCCCCCUGGAUUUCCGCCGUCGAUGCCAAGUGCCAUGCAACCAGUGUUCCCCCUGUCACAGGAACCUCCUGCGCAGCUGGUCAUACUACCUCCAGAGCCCUCACCCCACACAGCUCCACACCCGCUCGCUGAUGUCAUGGAUCAGGCUUCUUUGUGGCCACCCAUGUACCCUGGCCGAGGACCCCCUUCUCACUUGCAGCACCCAGGACAGCUCCCAGUGUAUUCUAGAUCGCAGUUUUUGCGACAGCAGGAGCUUUAUGCCCUCCAGCAGCAAAGGGCUGCUCAGGCGCUAGAACUUCAAAGACAGAGUCAACUUCAGCGGAAGCCAGAGGAUCAUCUGCCAGAAUCAGAAGACCCACCAGAAAAGGCCACAAAGCCCCACAGCAAAGCAGAUGCCUUAAACACUUCCAAGAGCCAGACGCCACCCAGCUUGCUGCUGCGGCCCCCUUCUGCCCCAGCCCCACCUAAACUGUCUCCUUGCUGUCAUUCGCCCAGUCUGAGGCCUCCGUCCAAGUGUCCAACUCCCCGGCCAUUGGCCCCAUGCACUUUACCUGCCUGCCCAGACGGCAGCUCCGCUCUCGUGCCCAGCUCCCCAGCCGUCAGCCCCGUCCCUGUACAGAGCUCCAAAGGAAAGGAAGGAGAGGAGAGGAGGGGGGAGGGGCAGCCCCCCAAAGACUACCCCAAAUCACUGGAACCAGAUCUGCCUCCUGGAUAUACCUACCCAGAUGUUGUCCGAUCCUAUACCUCCCCAUCCCCCCACCAUGUGCACUCCGCGGACCCUGCUGAUCCCAAAACUAUGCAAAGGGCAUCCGUUGCUGCAGAACCUGAACAAUCACGGACGUUUACCCCCUCCAAGAAAUCUGACACACCUGUCUCUGGAGGUUCGCUGGAGGUCAGCCAGGAUUUGCCCCGCUUAGGUGUGACGGACCUAAGUGAGGUUUGUAGUGAAGAACCUGUUGUUUCUAAACCUCACGUUCUAGAAUGCGAAGAGGCCGCAGAGAGGCAAAUUCUGGACGUACGGGAAAGUGCGAAAGAUGACGAUGAACAAACAGUGUCUCUACCUGUGGAGGGCAAUGAGGGGACAGAACAGGCUAAAGCUGAUGACCUGGUGGACACAUCAGCUGCACAGCUGCCAACCAUCUCAAAUGAUUCAUCAGUGGGACCGGUGGCGGUGGAGGAGGCAAUUAGUGAAGCCAAUGAGGCUGAUGAAACGGUGUCCGAAGAAGUAAAUGGUCCUGAUUCUGGAGAUGCAAAGGUAGCAGAAGAGGAGCUCUCGGCUCCCUCCUCGCCAGGCUCCCUGGAAACACAGGAACACUCAGAGCUCACACUUAAUUUGGACACAUUAAUAGCAGCCAGUAUCUCUUUGGGAGAAAUACCAUCCUUUCAGGACGAGGUGAACCCAUUUCAUACGGACUCUUCAUCCUCUCCCCCCAGCUCAGGUAUUCACGGAAUUGCUCUACUCAGCGAGUUGGCAGACUUAGCUCUACAGGAACGGCUUAAAGACACAAAAGCCAGCGAAGAUCACCACGAAGAUGAAUCCUUGGUCUCAGAUCUUCAAGUUUUUGCUACUAUCGCUGCUGCGUGGUCUCUGGCGGAGGCUGCCAGCCAGGAAGGUGCUCCCCUACAAAACCUCCUCCCCUGCUGCCCCGCUGUCACUCCCAGGGUUCGACUGUCUCGACGGACAUUUACCUGGACCCCAAAAACCAAACCAGUUUGUCCCUUAAAGGCAGCCAUUGACCAACUGGACACCCAGGAGGUGGAUAUGAGAAUGAAGCUAGCAGAAAUCCAGAGGAGAUAUAAGGAAAAGCAGAGGGAGCUGGUGAAGCUACAAAGACGGCACGAUCAUGAUAAGGAAGAAAGUUCUAGGAGUCCAGUCCGACGGGGCCCCGGGAGGCCUAGGAAACGGCCGCAUUGCCGCGCACCGCUGUAUGACGGCAAGAAAGCAAAGUCGAUGAACAGAAGUCUGAGUAUGCUGUGUGCAGAGUUGCGGAGUGAUGGAGAACCCAAGAAGAAGAAGGCGAAGACAUCGGAUGAAAGUUACAGCGACCAGGAGCGCUCCCAUGGAGUGGUCAAAGCCCAUUGUAAAAAGAUGCCAUGCCCACAGAACAAGCUUGCGUCCAAACUGGCAAGAAAAGUUUCUCAGCUAAAGAGCAAAGCCCUUGGCUCAACCACCAAUGCUUUCCGUCGUAAGGAGAUUCAUCCCGUCGGUAAACUGCAGAAGAAACUGCCGCAUCUCAUGGUUAAGAAAGGGCCAGAAAGAAAAGGCCAGGAGAGAUUAAGAAUGGCAACCAAUACAGAGGGAGCUGGAGAAGCAGAUGAAGAACACGACUCAGACUCAGACAGUGAGGGUGACGAGCAAGAUCACCCUGGGCUGUCCAGCCACGAUGCAGGGCUGGCCCUGCACACGCCCGUGAAUCCCUCAAUGAUGGGCCCUUCCCCAUCUUCAGUAGUAAAGAUGGAAGCUAAUCAGAAGGCCAAGAAGAAGAUCGAGAGGCAGGGUUUGUUAGGCUCUUGUAUCACCAGCCCAGAGAAUGAGGUUAAGAUCCGCAAACGUUCUUCCAAGCUAGAUGCUCGAGGCCUUCCUGCCAAACCCCUGAAGAAGAAAUCAAUAAUCCAUGAGAACAACACCAAAGGCAACAUGAGGGGGAGGAUGCUGUCAGACACCAGGCCACUCACUCCUGGCGAGAGCCUUUUCUCCACUCCCAGCCAGGGCCUAAAGAAGGACAGGAAAGUCAAGGACCUCCGGAGAAAGAAUGGAGUGUUAAGUCUUGCCCUGACAACCAGAGCCCCCAAAAACCUCCUAAAAGAAGGAAUGAAACUGGGUCGACUAAAAUCCAAGCAGGAGCGAGGCCGUGCAGUCAGUAAACUUCUGCAAAGCUUCGCUGUAGAAGAUGACUUUCAGUUUGAUGAUAACAGCAGCUUCUCAGAGGGAGAGGAGGAGGACAACUCAAAAGCUGGCAUGAACAAAGACCGAGCUCACAUCUGUUCCCUCUCCAAGGUGGAUCUGAGGGAAGGACUUCAGGUCCUGAUACCCAAGGAGGACAAUUUACUGUAUGCAGCCAGUAUCCGAAGCUUACAACCUCCUGACAUAUACAGUGUUGUGAUAGAGGGCGAAAGAGGAAACCGACCUCGAAUUUACUCCCAGGAGCAACUGCUGCUGGAAGCCGUGGUGGAUGUACGCCCCCAGUCUACUCGGUGCCUCCCCCAUGGUACAAGGGUCUGUGCCUACUGGAGUCAGAAGUCACGCUGUCUCUAUCCAGGGAACGUGGUGAGAGGCUCCUCCAGCGAUGAGAGUGAAUCCGACUCCGUGACCGUUGCAUUUGACGAUGGCGAUCGGGGAAGAAUCACUCUAAACAACAUCCGUUUGCUGCCUCCGGAUUUUACCAUUCAGUGUACAGAACCCGCCCCUGCUCUCUUGUUAUCUGCAGAGAGUCGCAGAGCUAAGCGCUUUACCAGUAACACCACUGCUCCCACAGAUCUUUCCCAGAACCCAGGCCCUGAUACCAGAGAGACGGAGUCCCAGAAGAACAGCGGAAAGAAGGCAGCCAGUAAAGAUAAAAAUGAUAAAACAGAUGCGUUCAACUCAGGUGCAAAGUCGCAGUUACCAGCCACAAACUUCCUAGGGCGUUCUACCAACGUUGAGCUAAUGAGCUGGACAUCUCAAGGGAAGAGGAAAGCUGGGGGCAAGACUGGUGCGGGACUCGGCGAUCCCUUCCAAUCACAGGGGAGUAGCAAGAAACAGAAGUGCCGAGAACAGCCCCAUGUUUUCGGGAACGGGUUUGGAGCUGGUUCCUUCAGCAGUCUGGCCAACUCUUACACUCCCUUUGGAGGAAGUGCCAAUGCCGGGCUCACUCCUGGACAGAAGCCAGUACGGACAAAAAAGGGGGAGAGACCGGAGGAAGACGACAAGGGGAAAGGGAGCAAGAGAAAAACAGGCAGUGAGUUUCUCGUGAAACUUGACCAUGAAGGGGUGAUGUCACCCAAGACAAAAAAUGGUAAAGCCCUUUUGCUGUGUGAAAAGGACUUUGGUCUCCACCUUGGACAGAGCUACACUGCCCCUCCAGGGCUGGGCAAGGACAAAAAAAAGAGACCCCCUUUGCAUGACCACCUGCCAAUGAGCCUAGCGCUGGGAAAAUACACUGGUCAGGGGAAAUGUGGAGUGAACUGUGAUAGCGACUGCCCCAGCUCAUGUUCAGACCAGGACGAAGAGGAGAAUGAAGGGGGUCUGCAAACUAGAGUUCCAUCUCGAUUUCUGCCAGGUCUUUCUGGCUCAUCCUCUUCCUCUGGUUCUUCUUCAUCUUCUAGUUCUGGCUCAGUGUCCAGUUCCAGCGUUUGCUCUACAGACAAUGAGGACUCAUCUGAAAGCUCUGACGAAGGGAACUCUGCCUUGCUCCUACAACCCUGCCUCUCACAUCCAGUGCCUACAUUGCUGGCACGGCGCCCAGAGGAUAGGAGCCCAGGUUCACGAGGGUGCUUUGCCUCAGGGCAAAAGGCCAAACAGAGAAGGAAAGGGACCCCUUCAAACUUCCCUAAAACCAAAGAGCCCUCCCCCAGACAGGAACGCCUGCCCUCUGUGGAAAACCGGCCAAAGAUCUCAGCCUUUCUGCCUGCACGCCAGCUCUGGAGGUGGUCCGGGGAACCCACCCAGAGACGGGGAAUGAAAGGGAAAGCCCGGAAGCUGUUCUACAAGGCUAUCGUGCGCGGCAAGGAGACCCUACAUGUUGGGGACUGCGCAGUCUUUCUGUCGGCUGGACGCCCAAACUUGCCCUACAUUGGACGCAUCGAGAGCAUGUGGGAGUCCUGGGGUGGAAACAUGGUGGUGAAAGUCAAAUGGUUCUACCACCCAGAGGAGACUAAAUUGGGCAAAAGGCACAGUGAUGGCAAGAAUGCGCUUUACCAGUCCUCUCACGAGGACGAGAAUGAUGUUCAGACAAUCUCACAUAAGUGCCAGGUGGUGAGCCGCCAGCAGUAUGACAAGAUCAGCCACGGCAGGCGCUACCAGGACAGGCAAAACCUCUACUACCUGGCAGGGACCUACGACCCGGGAACUGGACGGCUAGUAACAGCUGAAGGUGUUCCGGUGCUGUGCUGAGACGCCAAUCUUGUCUGCCGGCGAAGGGUGUCACUUAACUGCACUUCUUAACACUAGCACAUGCAAAGACACGAAGGCAACCAUGUACAGAUACAUAUGUACAUUAAUAUGAACUCGGACAUGGAUACGCACAAAUCCUAAACCUAGAAGACGCCUCCAUCCACGCAGUCCCUUUUUUGUGUGGGUACACAAAACGAAACUCGUACAAGAGAGCGCUCUCACAAACCUCUAACGCUUACACUAAUGUAUACUGCACCGUUAUACGUUUCUGUUCAGAAACAUCAACCUUGGUGACCAGGACUGGUUCUGUCUUCUAAACACAGCUAAUCAUCGAAAAACAUCCAAACAGUUAAAACAUUUCUUCAAUCCAUUUUUUUUGUUUUGGUCCUUGUUCUACGCAGGAACAGGAAAGUUAAUUGGAGGAAUCCCACAUUCAAGGGCUACUCAGACCGGGUAGAUGGCAAGCCUUGCUUGUUUGUUAUUUUAUAGCGAUCAUUGUUAUUAAUCUCAUCUAACCGAACCCCGCAGCAUUACUGUGGCUGCCAGCCAAACGCUAAGAGGAAGCAUGUCUAAAAUCUGCCCUUCCGAAUCUAAAGGAGAAACAAAAACCAGAAGGAUCUGUAAUGCUCCGUGGGACGCAUAAAACCGUAGAACAAAUGUGUUACGGGCCUUCUGAACCUGAAGAGCUGAGCUCAGCAAUGCUAGGAAGAAAAAAUAAUAAUAACUUAAUUUUUAUACCUGCUGACAACCCAAUAGCUGCAACCAAUGAAGAAAAAGUAUUUGCUCUUAACAACCAACAGUAUUAAAUGUCUUUCCUGACCUUAGAGGCCAACACAGCAUCAUAAAACAGUAACAGGAAGUUAACCAUAGCACUUCCCAGCCCAACAGGAAGUUGAGGCCCCCCACCUUCUAUCGAAGGACAUUGUUGGAUCUAACAGAUGCUAAAAAUCUUAUUUUUAUGGCACUUAAGAUUUCUCUCAGUACUUAAAGACACAAGCUGAGAAACACAGUGCCCAAAAUACAUACAGAGUAAGCCCUGUUUCAAGGAGCAUGCAGUCGGAGUAUAAUUUAAUGAAAUAUAUGUUACAUACGGAGAUGUUAGGUGCAGGAUAAUCACUAUUUGUCAAUAUGUAAAUGCAAGAAACAAAAUGAAAACAUUUCCUAGCAAAUCUGCUCCAGCCCAUUUUAUUUGUAAUUAUUUGUAUUUUUUUGUGUGUUUUAUUUGUAUUUUUUUCUUUUUUUUUUUUCUAAUUUAUGGUCAACAGCCUCAAGUUUCAAGCCAUACUUUCCCCAGUACCUCUUAACAGCUUUUCUUCCUGAAAGGCAGGAUCAGGUGUAAUAAUUAUCUAUUUAUUCACUUUGUAAAUACAUUUUUCUUUUUUGGAAAGUUUUUUUAUUAACAAAACAAAAAUAAUAAUAAAAAAAAAAUCCUUAAAAAAAAUAAAUAAUAAACGUAAAAGAAAAAAAAUCUUUCCCCUAUUUUGCUGGCGCUAAACUAUAAAUUAUGCACUGUGCUCCCUCAGCAAGGCUGGUAAUAUUAGGAUUUAUGUAUAAUUUGUAAUUAUAUAUGGGGAUUAACAUGAAAAAAGCACUUGGGAACUAAGCAGGGACUUGAAGGGGGCAACGAACGACAAUUUAUGUAUCUAAAAAAUAAAAUCGUCACAUUUAAAUGCUUUUAUUGUUUAAAAAAAAAUGAAAAGAAAAAAAAAUAUACCAAAUUCCUGGAAAUAUGUAAAUAGAUCUGAAAUAUUUUUUGUGUUGUUUAAGACAUUUUUUAAGGAAAAAGUAAAGAAAAUGUAUUGGGAAUGUCGAUAUGGUCCGAUGGAAUAAAAAAAGGAAAUAUUCUAUAAAUAUAUAUUAUAUAAAUGAA